UAUGCAAAUGAGCAGAUUGUUCUAGGAAGUGGGCUGUCAGAAGCUGUGGCGUACACACUACUUCAGCGUCUGGGUCUAGCCCUGCUUUUGUUUGACCUUUUUCCCCCUUUCCUUUCACUCCCACAGGGCACGGUGCGCAUCAGACUGCUAUGCUUCAAAGACAACAUGAGCAUAUAAAAAGGCCGCUACCGUUUGACGAGCCUCUCGCCAUAAGCAGCGAGGACUUAGCCCACAUUUCCCCCAGCAGAGGUUUGACUGCAUCACUGUGAGUUGAAAGAGACGCCACUUUUUCACCUCUUCAUUUUUCUUUUUUGACUUUCGAGUCAAAUUUCAUUGGAGGCAAGUUUGAGCAUAACUCGUCAAUCAUGAGCGCCCACGAGUCGAACCUCCACACCAUCUCCCCUGAGAUGCCGGCCAUGUUUGACGGCGUGAAGCUGGCGGCCGUCGCCACGGUGCUCUACAUCAUCGUCCGCUGCUUGAACCUGAAGAGUCCCACCGCACCGCCGGACCUCAUCUACCAGGACACGGCCCUCAACCGCUUCCUGCUCAAGUCCUGCUCUCAGAUGACCAAAGAGUACAUCCCCCCAUUGCUGUGGGGUAAGAGCGGUCACCUGCAAACGGCACUGUACGGUAAACUGGGUCGGGUGAGCUCGCCUCAUCCCAGUGGGAUCAGGAAGUAUUUGCCCAUGCAGGAUGGAGCCACUGCAACAUUUGACCUCUUUGAGCCCCUGGGGGACCAUCAAACAGGAGGUGAUUCAUUUCAUCAACAUCCGAUUGUAUUAAUUAGGCUUUUAAGGCUUUUUACAGAUAACUGGCAAGAAAAAUUAGGUGAACUCUUGAAUCUUUUUGGAUUUUCUGCAUUAGCUGGACGCACAAACAUGGUUCUUCCGUAAUUAAAUUCACAGUUACAGAGCGUUUUACAUUUGGUUGUUGAACACAUCCUUUUAACAGCCAAAGCGUUUGUGGUGAUACUAAGGGAACCUUUGGUGGUAAUAAUAAAUAGUUCCUCCUCCCUUAGCAACAGACCGUCCAAACAAACACCGCUUGUGGCUGCAGAGGAGAGAUAAUCAGCAUACUUCCUUAUUGAACUACCUCUGCUCAGUGCAAAGUGUGAAGCGCUCUCCUGAGUUCAGGCUGCAGCAGCUCUUACUGGAGUCUCUGUUUUCUUUACAGCUCCUGUCUCAGACUCCACUAGCUGCGUUUCCAUCAAUGCGUUCUGUGCACAUUUUGAAGAGUCACAUUAGCAAAGGUUGAUGGAAACGGCAAAAUUCGAAAUAACUUCCUCAAUUUCACAAGAAAGUUUUGAGGUGUUUUUUGGCCUUUUCUGAUGAAGAGUUAAUUUGCUAAAUAGUUCUGACUUAGCGAACAUUUACUUCACUCGACUGAUCAGCUGUUUCCGACGCCUGCGUCUUCCCGGAUAUUCCCACAAUCCGCACAUGAUUGCAUUUCUUUC